AUGUUUUCCAAUGGCCUAACAUGCAAUCUCCCGUUCAGUUGUAUGAGCGCGGCCCGAGAUUCAGGUUCUGAUGAACUCCUUCCUAACAAAAUGUUUAGAGAGCCUAUAUUGCUUAAUGUCUAUGACAUGUAUAAAAUGAAUGAAUACACCAGUAACAUAGGACUAGGAGUGUUUCAUUCUGGUGUAGAAGUGUAUGGAACAGAGUAUGCUUAUGGUGGACAUAGAUAUUCCUUCACUGGGAUAUUUGAAAUUGCCCCCAGAAAUGAACUAGAAUUAGGAGAGCAGUUCAGAUUCAGGCAAACAGUACAAAUCGGAUACACAGAUUUCACAGAGAGAGAUGUCAACAGAAUUGUGAAUGAAUUAGGGAAAGAAUUCAAGGGUAAUAGAUAUCAUCUCAUGAAUAACAAUUGUAAUCAUUUCUCUGGAUCAUUCACAAAGAUUUUAUGUGGUCAAGAUAUUCCAUCAUGGGUCAAUCGUCUAGCAUAUUUCAGUAGCUGGGUUCCAUUUCUUGAGCGCUGCCUACCCAAAGAGUGGCUGAUGCCAAUGGCAUUGCAGCACUCAUUAAGCUGCCAUCAAGACUCCACAUGUUCAGAAGCAUCAACACCAUACUGA